AUGGGGGAUUCCCAAAAGAGUAAAGAAAAGGGUCCAUACAAUUUGUGGGUACCAGAUGAGACACAAGUGCUAGUAGAGCUAGUUGUUGAUGCAGUUCACAGAAGCUGGCGUGACAAUAGCAAUAACUUUAGCAAGCUAACGGUGGAGCAAAAGAUUCUACCAGCUCUCAAUGAAAGAUUUGGAUGCCAAAAAAAUCACAAUCAGUAUCUAAGUAGAUGGAAGUACUUGAGAACCCUAUACCAAAAUUAUUUAGACCUUCAACGCUUCAAUUUUGGAUUUGGAUGUGAUCCUGAAAUGAAAAGGUUUACCGCUCCGAAUCAAGUGUGGGAUGACUACUUAAAGAAAUAUCCUAAACAUAAACAUCUACGACAUGAGUCAAAUGAACAAUUUGAGGAUCUUCAACUCAUAUUUGGAUGUGGCUUAGCUACUAGUUGUUCCGCAAUUGGAAUGGGUGAAACCAUUGAUGCCCGAACCUUUAGAAGUGGGGGGAGUAAAAGAGUGAAAGAUAACAAAAUUGAUGAUGAAGUUUUUGAACUAUCAUCUCAAGAGCCAGUUGCAUCACCAAAAUGUGAUAUGCCACCCUUUUCAGACACAAAUCCAAAAGGACGGGUAGAAAAACUUCGUCCAAGGAAGAGGUCUAGAACCUUAGCUACUAGCAAUGUAGAUAAGCUGAAAACUGAUGAGGAGGAUCCUAUGAUCAUAGUUAGUAAUAGGAUCCUUAAUGUCAUACAACAAAGAGAAGCCGAGGAAAAAAGAAGAAAAUCUAAGGCGGGAAGCUGA